GCAGUGCUUGAUAUCGGGAAAUCGUUCAUCCCCAACUCGCGUCGGCUGCGAAUUGUUUUUUCCGUAUUUUAAGAAAAUAAACGAAAAAGGUGUAGGAAAAAGCUGAAUCCAAAAAACGACAAGACACAGAAACUGCCACGAUGGUGAAACUAACGCCGGAGCUGAUCAACCAGUCUAUGCAAUACAUUAACCCGUGCCGGGAGCGCGAGCUGGAUUUGCGCGGCUACAAGAUUCCACAGAUUGAGAACCUGGGCGCCACCCUAGACCAGUUCGACACUAUCGAUCUGUCGGACAACGACCUGCGCAAGCUGGACAACCUGCCGCACCUACCGCGCCUUAAGUGCCUGUUGCUGAACAACAAUCGCAUCCUGCGCAUCAACGAGGGACUGGAGGAGGCGGUGCCUAACCUAAGCUCCGUCAUCCUUACAGGCAACAACCUGCAGGAGCUGAGCGACCUAGAGCCGCUGGCAGCGUUCGCCAAGCUGGACACCAUCUGCCUGCUUAUUAACCCGGUAUCCACGAAGCCCAACUAUCGCGAGUACAUGGCCUACAAAUUUCCGCAGCUGCGGCUGCUCGACUUCCGAAAGAUCAAGCAAAAGGACCGCCAAGCGGCGCAGGAGUUCUUCCGUACCAAGCAGGGCAAGGACAUGCUAAAGGACGUAAGCCGGAAGUCAAAAAUGAGCGCCGCUGCCGCCAUGGCCGCCGAGGCGGGGAAUGGCAAGGGAAGAGGGUCGGACGGCGGCCGACUGGCCAAUCCAGAGGACAUGCAGCGCAUCCGCGAGGCCAUUAAGCGAGCCAGCUCGUUGGCUGAGGUGGAGCGGCUUUCACAGAUCCUGCAGAGCGGCCAGCUACCUGAGAAGUUUCAGCACGAGCAGGAGCCGGCGCAGAAUGGAGCUGGGCACAACGGCUCUGGGGCCGUGGCCAUGGAUUACUAAGACUAGGAUAUGCCGCUCAUCCGUCAGCUACCUUAUAACCGUAGACCAAUAUUUUGUAAUAAAACGCCGCCUCAAGUUGA